AUGAAUCCGGCAGCGUCCGCGUCCGCGUCUCCGGCCAGUUAUUAUGAAGAAGACGUGCUUUAUGAAGUUGAAAGCAUAAAGGAUAUGCAGACUCUCGAAAGUGGGCAAAAGCUAUUCCUCAUCAAGUGGAAGAACUAUGACGAUAGGUGCGAGAAUACAUGGGAACCUGAAGAGAACCUCAAUUGUCCAGAUCUCCUUGAGCAGUUUUUGGCUCAACACGCCCAAUCGCGAUCUCGUAAACGAUCACCUUCAGCUUCGAAACGCCGGCGAACUACGACGCAACCAGCAGCCUCACAGCCAACAAAGCGCGCCGUUGCAGGGACAUUGACCGAGAAAGCAGCGAGUGAAGGGGUAUCAGCGCAUGAAUCAAAGCGAGUUCGCAAGGAAGCACCAACCAAACCUGCAUCGACAAAGAAGAAGGCUCCUGUUGAUAAAGAUAAGCAAUCAAAAGGAAAAGCGCAAGCAAAUACCUUUGAAGCAGCUUCUUCCACUCAGCAACAACAGCAACAUUCCUCACUUUCGAUGUCGCCCAAUGUACAAUUACAAACAGAUGUCAUCAGAACGAAUCAGCUUGAAUCAACAAAGAACCCAUCAUUGAUGAAAGGAGAUGAGCCAGCCACUGUACAGCAACCCAAUACCCAGCUCGAAUCAACAAAGAAUCCAUCGUCGAUGAAAGUGGAUGAAUCAACCACUAUUCAGCAAUCUAAUGGCCAAUCGUCAACAUCAUCAUUGAAAGGAAAUGAGACAACCACUAUCCAGCAACCUCAUAGCCAGCCAUCAACAGUGAAAGGGAAUGAGACAACCACCACUAUACAGCAACCUAAUAGCCAGCCGUCAACAAAACAUCCAUCAUCAGUGAAAGGAGGUGAGACGGCCACUAGUAUCCAGCAACCUAAUAGCCAGCCAUCAACAAGGAAAGGAGAUGAGACAACUACCACCAUACAACAGCUUAAUAACCAGUCAUCAGCAAAACAUCCAGCAUCGAACAAAGGAUACAUAAAGACAGCGAAUGAAACAACAAAGAGUCAACCCAUAUCAAGCAUCGAGCACAAACUUCCACAAAAGCCAACCGCACAAUCAUCACCAAAGCCGAGUAUAUAUAUGAAUCCAAUCCGACCCAAGACACCCACGCCUCCAGUAUCCCCAACACCACAAAAGACUCAACUUCCAUCAGCAAAACCUUCCAAUUUGUCGUCAUCCAAUAUGCCGCAUCCUCAGAAACCUUCAUUAAUGCCGAGUACACCUGCAAAAAGGCCCUUGUCAAGAGAAAGCUCUCCUACACCAGAAGAAAGAAUUGGAUCUAUCAAGCGUCCCAACCGAUCAGCUCCUCCUAGGCAUGCCAAUCCCAGCUUCCUUGAUGAAUUGGUCAGCAAAGUCAGCAAUCAACCAAUUCCACAAGCAUCCUAUACUAGACCUAUCAGUACACCAUCAGGCGAAUCAACACGACAUGGAUCAACGAGUCCUUCCCUCAAAAGACGAACUCUUCCAUCUCAACAAUCAUCACGACCUAUACGAGAUCCUCGCCUUGCACAACAACAGGGACAACCUAUCAGCAGCUCAUCUGGUCUUCAAAUGUUGCCUCCUCCUACUGAUCCACUCUCUUGGCUGGGCACGAUAUGCAGAGCGGACGAUACGGCAGUUGAAGUAAGGCUUUCUUCGAUUACGGGUCGAUGUCCAGAGAAAUCUCGUAUACGGGAGCUCCUAAGAAAUGCAAAAAGGGAAUACAAUGACAACAAAAAGCUGAUGAUCACCGCAAUGAUCAGUUUGAGCAUCCUGAAACGGUUCUAUGAAAAUCGAGUGCCGAAUCUUGUCGAUAUUCAACCACAAUCCACUUCUCGAUAUCGCUAUGACAAAUUUCACAAGUUUCUCAAGCUCAAUAGUGUGGCAGGAUUAAUACAACUCGACAAACACAAAGAGGAGAUCUUAGCAGUAUUACCACAUACAGCGGAUAUUGCAGAGUUGUUCUCGCUUGAAAGUUGGAGCUCUUCAAAUAUGCUUCUUAUUUAUUUGGAUCAAAUGCCCGCACAACCCCCACCGGUACAAAAGCAUCUUGAUCUUUUACAAAGAGAUCAGCUAUUUCAGAGAGCAAGGAAAUCAUUUGACUGGCAUUUAUUGGCAAGCGCCCUUAAGUUUCCACCCCAGCUGUUACAAAGGAUCACGCCCUUUACCAGUGUUGAUAUCUAUGGCGAUUCCCGCUGGGCUGAAUCAUUAAGGCACGCUCAUCGUUUAUAUGCAUCCAAGAGCAAUCUUGCAAGAAACAAAGAACAUAUCAUCUUGUUUGAUCGGCAUAAUGACGUCCAAUUCAAAAGCAAAAACCUACUAAAGCUGAAACGUGGACCUCGACCUCCAACGUUCUGGGAAUACGGAAGCAGCGAUAUACAUGAUGAACGUAUUUUACCACCAGCACUCCUAUUUCCACGCUAUUGCGGUGGCUUUGUUACUACCGAUAUACGCAACAUGAUGGAGGAUCCUAAGAUUAUCGAGCGUAUUGCAAAAGCCGUGACAACAUUGAACAGGAUCUCUGCCACUGGUGAAUGGUCGUUUGUGUUGAAGUAUGAUAUCCUUGAACAAAUGGUGAAUGAUGCAAAAGGGGCUGCAAGCGCUCGAAAGAUUGAGAGUGCAAUGAUUGAAUUAGCAGUGGUCCCCACCGAAUACAAUAUCACCUUCGUGCAAGAUUAUGGAGAACAGUCUUCAUUGCCUAAUGACUCGAGCGACGCUACGAUCCAAUUGAUGGAAGGCCUUGUACGGUCCUAUUGCACACAAGUGGAGAAUUUUGUGUUGGUUGAUGAUAUUGGCUCUAUGACGAAUACCGAGUUUGCUGUAAUUGACAGCUGCAAGUCAUCGGAUAUUCUAGAAAAGUAUAGUAUAUACCCAAUACCAAGCGAUGAGCAGCAACAAUAA